AUGGAUGUGAAGAAUCAGACCUUCAUUGCCUUCACUCUACUAGGUCUCUCGGAAAAGCCUCACCUUCGUCUGCCCCUUUUCUCUUUCUUCGUGGGAGCAUACAUACUGUGCAUUGUGGGCAACCUUGUAAUCAUUACACUUAUCUCAACUCAACCUCAGUUCCAUACCCCAAUGUACCUGUUGCUGGGAAACCUUUCUGUUGUCGAUGUCUGUCUCACAUCUAUAACCGUCCCCAAGGCUCUUUACAACCUCUUCUCAGGGAACAUGUCCAUUUCAUUUCAUGGCUGCUUCCUGCAACUGUUCCUGUUCCACGCGGUGGGUAACAUGGACAGCUUUCUGCUGGCAGUCAUGGCCUUGGAUCGGUAUGCAGCCAUUUGUCAGCCAUUACAUUACGCCACUAUUAUGAGCAAGAGAACAUGUGUUUGGCUGGUGACUUCUUCAUGGGUUAUUGUCAGCCUCCACUCUACUCUGUUCACAGCCAUGACAUCUACAAUUCAGUACUGUGGUUGGGUCAUUCACCACUACUUCUGUGAUGUCCCCGCCCUAUUACUGCUCUCCUGCACAGACACUUCAGUUCGGCAGCAUGUUGUCUUCAUUGAGGGGUCCUUAAUUGUCAUGGGCCCCAUGCUGUUUAUUCUGGGCUCCUACAUCCUAAUUAUAAGGGCUGUUUUAAAGCUACGGACCUCCAAAGGCAGGAGACAAACCUUCUCCACAUGUUCCUCUCACCUAACGGUGGUCAUCUUGUUUUAUAGCUCAAUUAUAUUCAUGUACUUUCGCCCAAGCUCCCUAUAUUCAUUGUCCUAUGAUCGGGUGAUCAGCGUGGUCUACAGUGUUAUCACGCCCAUGCUCAACCCAUUUAUUUAUAGUCUGAGGAACAAGGAGGUCAAAUGUGCCGUCAAGAAAGUGGCUCAAUAUGGUAGGAGACGUGGACAAAAACGGAUGCAAGAGAUAGAAGAGAAGGACUAA